AUGUCCAACCAACGACGGCAUGCCGGCUGUGACCACCAGGAGUAUUCAGGCAGGCACCUGAUGCACGAACCAGACCGCGAUACUCCGGAGAGGAGGGACUGGGCCAAGCUUCCACGGGACCUUGCGGCGGAGAUCGCCGGUCGCCUCCUCGGCAUCGACCUGACCGAGUACAUCCGCUUCCGCGCGGUGUGCAAGCCGUGGCGGCGGUCCACAGACGACCCGCGCCUCCUCAACAGCCGCUUCUUCCCCCGCAACUGGGUCAUGCUCUCCAACUACGGCGAGGACGACACGCGCCGCCGUCUGCUCAACGUCGCCACGGGCGCCUCGAUAGUUGACGACUUCCCGGAGCUCUCUGGGCACCACCCAUUGGGAUACGCCGAGGGUCUUCUCGUCCUCUUCAACACGGCGACAUCCGGCAUCCGCCUCUUCAACCCGCUCACGCGCGCGGUCACCGACCUCCCAGGCUUCUCAUCCUGGUCCUCCACCUCGGUCAGCGCGCUCAAGGUCGCGACGGAUGGCACAGUAUUGUCCUACGGGGGUUUCGGCAUCAUCGACGACGGUGGCACCGCGGCCUCCCCGACGACGGUGGUGCUUUUUCUGUCUGCUCAAUUGAAGGUCCCGCUACUCGCCUUCAUCAGGCCCGGGGAAUCACACUGGGCUCUCGCUGACACGAGCGAGCUGACUUGCAGAGCGUACCAAGUGUCCGUGCUCUCGCUGCACGGCCGCUUCUACCUGUCGACGUCCACGGGAGACGUGCUGACCAUGGAGCUCCACCCGGAGCCCCGGCUGGUGCACCUGGUUAGGAAGACGGCGACCCCCACGACCACCACUGUUCCGGCCAUUUGCUCCUUCUAUCUUGCCCCGUCCGGCAACGACGACGGCGCCGGGAUGCUCAUGAUCAUGGUGCACGCCAGCGGAGAAGACGAAGACUAUGGUGAACAAGUUGAGGUGUUCGAGGUGGACGUCGACGGACGCAGGCUCAUUCCUAAGAGCACCGUGGGUGCUGACCGCGCUCUGUUCGUUGGGUCAGUCCGGGCGCUGUCCAUCUCCACCAAGUUGUUUCCCUCCAUCGCCGCCAGCGCUAAUGCGGUGUACUUCUGCCAUGGACAAGGAUCCAGGAGGAAUCUGUUCCACGUCUUCCACAUCGAUAAUGGGCACGCAGAACCGGCGGUCGAAUUGGAGUUCUUUGAGCAGAUGCAAGGGCGAGAAGGGCGUUUCUUCGGCCCAUUCAACCUCGACGUUUAUCUAGCUUGCUGCGUGGAUGUGGCGUUCGGAGCCUUUGGGAUCUGA